AUGUCUAGUUUUUCAGGCCAGGAUACAACCAAGCAUCCCGACUCAAACAUAUCGGAAGAGUCCAAAUAUUCAGGUGGAAUGGGCGUCGCAACAAUGACUCGUUAUCAUGACAGUCAACAUGAGUGUCGAGGACUGCUAUUUGAGAAUGAGACUGUCGCCUGUAGGACCAGAUUUGGAGAAAAUGAUAACCGAACGGAUGCCGAGAGCAGUUGCACAUCGUUUGAAGACUACAACCACAACGAGAAAGCCGACAAGAUAUGCUUCGGUUUAAAGGAUACAGAGAUUGACAACUCAUCUAAAGUCUUCAAUGGCGUCACAAAAGAUGAUUUUGAACACUCUAAGAUUCGAAAGCAUCAUCUCGAUGGCGGUUCGAUCAAAAACAAUAGCAAAUUCGUCAAUGGCGACCUUGACCGCGAAGCCUUCAUCGCGUUCUUCUGCCGGGAUUGA